CCGGUCGGAGCAGUGCGCGUAGCAGAGUGAGCAGAGUGCGUCGCCGGCCGCAGGGUUACGCGAGUUAGUGAGUGAUGUGAGGUUGGUGACAGUGUGAGUGAAGUGACAGUGCUGUGCUCGACCUGAGGAUUGAGGAUUACCGCCGUGGACUCGCCGCGCCCUCGUUCAUGGUGACCGAGGUGGCUUCCAAGCUGCAGCCGAGCGCUCUGGAGGCUUUAGGGGCUGGCACCGGGCGUGGAGCCAUGACCAUCCACGACCUCGCCGUCACCACCACCAAGCUGCUGGGCCCGGGGCCCGCGCCGGACUCGACCGAGGCGCUGCACCACCACAUCACCAUGCAGUCCCUGCACCACCCGGCCAUGCUGCCGCGGUCCAGGUUCAUGAUCACAGACAUCCUGUCCAACAACAAUAACAACAGUUCGAGCGACAACAACAACGGACUGCGGUCGCCGUGCUCGUCGCCGGCCUCGGUGUCGUCGGACGGGCCCAGGGACCUGUCGCUCCAUGCGCGCGACGCCGACCCCCACGGCGACGCCGACCUGAGCGACGACCACGAGGAGUCCGGCACCGACAGCGGGCUGCCCGGGGAAACGUCGUCCGUGUGCUCCAACGGCCACAAAGACGAGGGCGGCUCGCACAGCGCCAACUCGUCGUCGUCGUCAAUCUGUCCGUCCUCCAAGAAGCAGCGCAAGGCCCGGACGGCCUUCACCGACCACCAGCUGCAGACCCUGGAGAAGAGCUUCGAGCGACAAAAGUACCUGAGCGUCCAGGACCGGAUGGAACUGGCCGCCAAGCUGUCCCUCACCGACACGCAGGUCAAGACCUGGUACCAGAACCGAAGGACCAAGUGGAAGCGACAGACCGCGGUGGGGCUGGAGCUGCUGGCCGAGGCCGGCAACUACGUGGCGCUGCAGAACCUGUACCCCUCGUACGCCAACUGGCCCAACUACCCCGGGCCGUCGCCGGCCGCGCUGCCGCUGGCGAGGUCCGCGCCGUCCGCCGCCGAGCUGUUCUACCGGCAGCAGGCCGCCGUGUCCGCGGCCGUGAGCACGCUGCAGAAGCCCCUGGCGUACCGGCUGUACCCGCCCGGCAUGGGGCUGCUGCCCGGGCCGUCGUCCACCCUGCCCGGCGGGCUGCCGCCCCGGGCCCUCGCCGCCUCCUCCUCCCUCGCCUCCCUCUCCAGCUACUACAACUCCCCCGGCGGCCCCCACCCGCCCCCCGCGCACUUCGGGCAGCACGGCCCGCCCGCGCGGACGCCCUCCCCCGAGCAGCACCCGCACUCGCCGCGGACGCCGCGCACGCCCGAGUCCAGGCACGGCUCGGUGGACGUGGAGGAGGACUCCAACGACUCGAGAGUGGGCGAUCUAUGAGACCAACACCUUGGUUACCGUUCACCCCGCCGUGCCGCGGCGUGCCGCGGACCCAGGGCCCUGGCCGCACCGCGCGCCAUUUAAAGCUUUAUUGUGAUUGAAGACUGUUGUUGUUGUUGUUAGUUCUGGCGCCACGAGAGUAGCUUUGUGAUAUGUCUAUGUACUCAGCAGAACAGACAUUAUAAACAGCGACGGCCUGUGCAGUGCCGGACCGCAGUGCAAUUCGUAUCAACUUUUGUUUUUCGUCGACGUGUAAUGAUGCUUUUCUUUGUUAAAAAUGUUAUUUUUGUCAUGUGUUUUAUUGGAAUGAAGGCCUUACCACUUUCAACCUGGGUUGUAUUUUGACUGUCGGCUUAUAAAGCCCACUCUUGUUUCCAUUUGUUUAAAAAGCUUCUUUCUCCUGUGAAAUUUACGAUUCUCACCGACCCGGUGCCUGUCUUGUGUGCUUGUCAGUGGUUCAAGGUUCAUAAAAUCGACUUCAUUAUUAGGCACAUCAUAGAUUUAGCUUGUUGAAAGUUUCUUUUUUAUCCUAAGGCUUUACAAAAUACGGCCUACCAAAUUUUGUUCUUGUCGUUGUUGUUAAUGCUGAUGCUGCGAUGCAUACUUGUAUUUGUACAUUAUUAGCUCCAUAAAAAAGAUUAUCAGUUCACUGUAUAAGCCCUAUAUUGUACAAUCAGAUACAAAUACAGUAUUAUUUUAAUUUAUAAACGUAUUUUAGAGACGCUGAACCUAGUUAGAUUACUCAGGAACAAAGUCUCUUGCCAUGUUAAUUUUUGUUUGUUAUGAUUAUAAUUUUUUUUUGUAUAUAUGUGAUCAGAUGUUCUCUAUAUAGUAUGUUUCAUUGUAAUGAUUGUAAAAUAUAGCUAAUUACUUCAGAAGCGCUGUUCUCACUGCUGUUGCGAGUGAGACAGGGUGUCACGCUGCCCAACACCAGUGAGGCUAGAGCUGUCGUUUCCAAAAUGUCCUGCUUUGUAUGUGACUAUAUAUUUGAGUUGAAAGUAUGGGAAUAAACCUGAAUGAAGUGCAAUCUACGAAAA